ACUCUUCUGCCUAGUGAAACGGCUUUUGUCUCUUGUGUAUGAAACUUUCCGCGGAGGAUGAAGUUGAGAGUUUUGGGUACAUUAUAAAUGUCGGAACCAACCUUAAACACGGACGAUCAAGCAUGCAAGUCUUCGGAUAAUGUUGAGAAGAACCAAGAAGACUAUGAAAAAGAAACAGACUUCAUAUGUGAUGGAAAAGAUAUGAAGGAAGGAAGUGAAAGUGUGCCUUCCUACAGAGAGGUUAAAAAGGAAGAGGAAGAAAAUCAACAGAUUCUUUCACAUGGAGAGAAUGCAGAAGUGAAAGAAGCAAAUAAACAGAUUCUUUCACACAGAGAGAUCACAGAAGUGAAGGAAGAAAAUGUACAAGUUCUUUCACACAGAGAGAUUAUGCACGUUGUGCAAGAUACUGUUGCUGGCCUUAUAUCGAAUGACCCACUUCUAAAAGACCUUCAUCCUUAUGUAACCCUUGAGGAAGUGAACUCAAUGAUAGCCUUGGAGUAUGGUCAAGCAAUGGUGGUGAACGUACGACGUGCUGAUGGAGAUGUCAUGUCAGUGGUUGUUAAGCCGGACGCUACUGUGCUGGAUCUCAAACAUGGAAUCAAACGGUACAUCAUGUUAAAACUGACUCGCAGUGGAGGGUCCAUAGGCAUUAGCUGGAGGUAUAUAUGGAAGCGGUACUGGCUAUACUAUGCAGGGGAAAAGUUAAUGGAUGACAACAAGCCAUUAAAAGAGUAUGGAAUACGAAACAAAGAUGAAGUGACCUUCAUGAAGCGUUUGAGAGAAAGAUAGUUGGUGCCUAUAUUAAUGGGUAGCAAUAAAUACAAUGAACAGUAACAUGGCUGGAUGAGCACUUAGAUAAGAAAAAUAGUGAUGUAACUUUUUAAGGCUCUGAUAUUAUUGCAUUUUUGAAAGUAUAAAAAAUACAUUAGGGCUGUGACGUGCCUGCAUUACAUAACUUGCAUUUACCUUCUUUGUGUCUGAAAGUUCAUUUGUGAGGAGACUGGAAGGUUAAAAAAAUGUUGGUUAAUACUGAUAUAGAAUUUGUUGAAAUUUCCUGUUUUUGAUUAUGAGUUUGCUAUAUAGGGUCAGUCUAAAAAACAGAAACAUUUUAUUGUUUCAAAACUAUCACCUGUCAUUGACAAAUGAAAAAUCCUCAAAGUUUCAGUGCCUCCGCAUGCAUACUUGGGCUCCUAUAUAGUUUUAUAUGUGUUUGUUAGUGAUCAUGUGUGUGUGCUUGCAUAAGGAUGUAUAUAUGUAUGAUUCAUGCAUGAUGUAUGCAUAAGAACAGAAUCACAACUUGGUACAUAUACAAACUACUGUUUGUGUGCCUGUUUACGGCAGUCUCUAUAAAUUUCAGAUUGUUUUGCAAAUAAAAAAUGUUUAUAAA